ACGUGACUGACUGAGGAAGUGCAGCUGUGCGCGUUGGCAAAGUGCAGCGGGGUCAAUGAAAACACGCACUUUUAAGGCGCAAACUUAACGCCAGUGGCUCCAUUUGUCCGUGCGCCACCGCAGAGGAUGGCGCAGGAGUCGUGACGCGUAAUGGCGCUGUGUUUGCGCUGUGCGUAAAGUCAUGCGUCUCCAAACCGGCCCCCGCCAGAGACUCAUCUGCGGAUUGACUCUGCUCCAUGUCAGACUGAUGAAGAGACUUGGAGCGGGGUCGAUACGAGACAUGUCAGAGGAGAGAGGAGAGAGGAGGAGCAGCGGGAGAGAGGAGCAGAGAGGAGAGAGGAGAGAGAAGGAGGAGCAGGGAGGAGGAGCACCGAGGGGAGGAGGAGAGGAGUGGAGCGUCACUGAAGAGGAGAUGAACAUUCAUAGACUCUACAGAGAAGCGUGUGAGGCUGGCGAGCAGAUGUACGUCGACCCUGGCAGCGGGUACAGGGUUUUCACGGAGCUGGCCCACCGCGAGCGAGGCAGGUGCUGUGGCGGCGCCUGCAGACAUUGUCCUUUUGGUCAAGUGAACGUGAAGGACCCGGCCAUGAAGAAAAGAUUCAACUCUCUGUUCUACGUGUAGCUCUGCACCGCCGGAGUCCAGAGCGAGGAAUAUCAGUCUGACCACGCCCUCUGACUGACCACGCCCUCUGUCAUCAGUCUGACCACGCCCUCCACCGCCUUGAGCCAGAGUCACAGCAGCGUCCAAUCAGAGACGACUCUACAGAUCUGAAAUGAUGUGUCUGUCCUGAACGUAUCUGUAGUCUGUUGGUCCUGGUCUAGUCCUGGUUUAAUCCUGGUCUAGUCCUGGUCUAAUCCUGGUUCAGUCCCGGUUUAGUCCCGCCCUUAGUCCCGGUUCAGUCCCGGUUCAGUUCCGGUUCAGUCCCGGUUCAGUCCCGGUUCACUUCUUCUCUCUGAUUCUACAUAAAUCCGUGAUAUUUUUCCGUCUCUUGUGACAUUCCUGAUAUUUUUCUUUCUUUCUUCCUGAUAAACUCCACAUUUCCUCUGACACAAACGCUCCACGCUCGUCUCUGAUUGGCUCACCCGCCUGUCAAUCACGCCCCUGUGAACUCUGGGAGAUUUAGACUCGGCGGAUCCAGGCGAAAGGAGGCACCGGCUCCGCACUUUGAACCGACGCCGGGGUCACGUGACUUGCGCCUGUCGUUAUUUUGGAAAAGUGCAUAUUUUUAGAUUGUACCAAAUGAUGAAAUCUGAGCUGAAACUGCGCAACCUCCACCUCCAGCGACUCCCAGGGAACCCGCCAUUUUCUCUCCUGAUGGAACCGUUUCACUAAAUCCUCCAUUUUGGUUCAUUUUUCCACAGUGAAACGCGUCGAGCCGACUUUCCUGCUUUGUCUUUCGGAGAAUUAAACAUGUCGUAGACCAGAAAUCUGACCGUAAUCUGAUUUCCGGGGUUAUCAGAUUAUGGAAAUGUCAUGUAAACUGUUCCGUAUGAUGUGAGUAAUCUGAUUUUCUCACCGUUUACGCCUCUGCAGGUUUUUAUAAGACAAAAU